CUAGCGCCUGGAGAAGAUCAGCUGUUCCCAACGCCUGGAAAACAUCAGCUGUGCCCAACACCUGGAGAACAUCAGCGGUUCCCAACUCCUGGAGAACAUCAACCAUUCCCAUCAGCUGUUCUCAAUGCCUGGAAAACAUCAGCUGUUCCCAACACCUGGAGAACAUCCACUCUUCCCAUCAGCUGUUCUCAAUGCCUGGAAAACAUCAGCUGUUCCCAUCAGCUGUUCUCAAUGCCUGGAGAACAUCAGCUGUUCCCAACACCUGGAAAACAUCAGCUAUUCCCAAAGCCUGGAAAACAUCAGCUGUUCCUAACACCUGGAGAAUAUCAGCUGUUCCCAACACCUGGAAAACAUCAGCUAUUCCCAACACCUGGAGAAUAUCAGCUAUUCCCAACGCCUGGAGAACAUCAGCUAUUCCCAACGCCUGGAGAACAUCAACUGUUCCCAACACCUGGAGAACAUCAGCUGUUCCCAACACCUGGAGAACAUCAGCUAUUCCCAACGCCUGGAGAACAUCAGCUGUUCCCAACACCUGGAGAACAUCAGCUGUUCCCAACACCUGGAGAACAUCAGCUGUUCCCAACACCUGGAAAACAUCAGCUGUUCCCAACAACUGGAUCAGUGUUUCUGUAUAAAUCCAGAUUUAAUCCAGACUUGAAUGGAGGUCUGAAGGUCGGAAAAUGUUCUCCUGCUCUGAACUGACUGUAACAUGACCUGAUGACCUCAUUGGUCAUGUGAUGAACAUGUCACCCCCCCACCCCCCUUUCAUGUGUUGUGUUAUCAGUCUGUGUUGUAUAUAAAGGUUCUGUUCAGUUUAAUGAGCAGAACUCUGUCAUUGUCCCUGAAGUACAGGAGCCCAUAGAGGACACAUGUAAAUAAACUGUUUUAAAUCA